GACGUGAUAAGGACGCGCGACGGAAGAGGCCUAGUUCGCAGUAAGAAGGCGCCAGAGUUCAAUGAAUGAGGCGGAUUUAAAGAAGCUUUUUUUAUUUAAACAAAAAGAAAUACAAAUCAAGGCAUUGCAGUGGUCCGGACCGAGCGGCAGAGGCGUGGUCACACCGCUGUCAGGGACGAUGCGAGACUGCGGCGCUGCGUUGGUGCGAAACCGUUGGAGGCCGGAGCUGGGAGCUGGGGGGGACAGCCUGCCCCGUGAGGGCACCCCGCGGCACCUCAAACACAGCGGGGCUGGAGGCAGGAGAGAGAGACUGAGGACAGAGCUCAGGAGCUGUUGGGGCUCCCCGUCAGGAAAGAGGGCGCCUCCCAGCGAGGUGCGGGCGCUGCUGGAGAGAGUCUACGAGGAGGAGGAGGAGGAGGAGGAGGAGGUGGAGGGAGACCAGGAGAGCGAGGGCAGUUGGGUUGAGGAGGCCAGCUCCCAGUUGGAGUUUGAACAGGACAGACCCUCUGCCUCUGCCUUGCCCAAUGGCCUCCUCCUCCCUUCUCCCAGGAAGGCCAGGCUGAGGCAGAGAAGGCGAGGGUUCAGCUUGCUUCUAUACUCCCGCAGCCACCUGCGCAGGUGGAAGAGGAGGCCGGUGAUGAGGCGCAGGAGACCCAAGAGGGGGCGCCUCUUCCACAGCCUGUCCCCCGGCUCUUCCUCCGGCGAGCCAGGCCCGGCCUUCAAGCGGUACCGAGGGACGGAGGAGGGAGGCGGCUGCACCAGCUGGGACUCUGAGCUCCUGAAUGGGGCCGCCACUGCCCUCCCCUCCUCCUCAUCCUCCACACAGCCCCUCCUGGGCUCUCUCCUGUCCCCGGAGGCCACUCUGUCUCUCUACCCGCCCUUUGAGGAGCUGCAGGGGGGCUGUGUCGGUGUGGGCAGGGGGCCGCAGGGGGAGCAGAGCUCUGGGGAAGACGCACAUCCAGUGAAUGGAUUCCCAGACCCAUCGCUCAGCCAGUCCCCUGAACUGGGCGGGAUCCAGAUCAGCCAGGUGUUCAGCAUCAGCGAAGCUGCGCAAGGACAGGGACCCCAAGAUCCACAGGAGCCCCCCCAGACACGAGAGAGCUCCCCGGGGAAAGAGAAAGUAGCAGGCAGCCUCACGGAGGAGCAUGUCACCUGUGUGCAAGGGAUCCUGGAUGAGAUGUUGCGGUGUUACGGCAGCAUGAUUCCUGUCCACGCUGAGGAGGUGGUGGAGAGGUUGCAGGAGAUUUUUCAGGAGAGCUUCAGCACCCCCCACAGGAAGACGAUGGUGCACCACCUAAUGCAGUCCUACCAGCGGAUGCUGGGCAAUUCGAUGGUACGAGGGUUCCGGGUGAACUACAAGCGACACGUCCUCACCAUGGACGACCUGAGCACGCUCUACGGGCAGAACUGGCUCAACGACCAGGUGAUGAACAUGUACGGGGACCUGGUAAUGGACACGGUGCCUGAGAAGGUUCACUUCUUCAACAGUUUCUUUUACGACAAACUGAGAACGAAAGGCUACGACGGGGUAAAGAGAUGGACGAAAAACGUGGAUAUCUUCAAGAAGUCUCUGCUGCUGAUCCCCAUUCACCUGGAGGUGCACUGGUCCCUGGUGUCUGUGGACGUGCCCAAACGCACCGUCACCUACUUCGACUCCCAGCGCACACUCAACAGACGUUGCCCCAAGCACAUUGCAAAGUACCUUCAAGCAGAGGCCCUCAAGAAAGACAAGCCUGAUUUCUGCGACGGCUGGAAGGGAUUCUUCAAAAUGAAUGUGGCCAGGCAGAACAAUGACAGCGACUGCGGCGCCUUCGUUCUUCAGUACUGCAAAUGUCUGGCGUUAGGAGAGCCCUUUGGUUUCACCCAGCAGGAUAUGCCCAAGCUCAGAAAGCAGAUCUACAAAGAAUUGUGUCAUUGUAAACUGACCCUGUGAAGAGAGUGGGCCAACAGGCAUCUCUGCCAUCAACCAACCAACCAACCAACCAACCACACGCACACAAGACUUCUGUUUUUCUUCUUUUUUUGUCUUUGUGGUAAAGAGAGGCCAUGCAGAAACGAAGGCAGAGGUACAGGCCUGUGUGCUAGGUGGCCAUCUAAAUUCAAACCCAGAGUGACACAACUGUACAGUGGAUUUAUAUCUAACGGGACAACCAUGAUCUCUCUCUCUCUCUCUCUCUCCUCUCUCUCUCUCUCUCGCUCUCCUAUCUCUCUCUCUCUUGCUCUCGCUCUCUCGCUCUCUCUCUUUCUCUCUCUCUCUCUCCUCUUUAGUAGCAGAAACAGCAGCAUUGUCCACGAACUCUAUUGAAGGAAUUAUUAGAUUCUAACUUGGUAGGACUUUUUUUUUUUUUUUGUUCGUUUUUUUUGUUUUUUUUUACUUUUUAUUGUCAUUUUCAUUUUAUUUAAAUGUUGCUGGAUAAUGUUCAACUGCAAAGUGUUUUGUAUAUAAAACAUGUGGGUUAAUAAAAAUUGAAAACGAAAAAAAAAAAAGGCAACUAAUGUAC